AUGAAAAUUUACUAUAUUGGUGUUCUAAGAAACACUACUGAAAAGGCUUUGGAGCUUUGCUCGGUAAAGGACUUGUCACAGUUUGGAUUCUUUGAAAGAAGCGGAGUAGCACAGUUCAUGACCUUUUUCUCUGAAACGGUGGCCGCCAGAACCUCCGCUGGUCAGAGGCAAAGUAUCGAGGAAGGGAACUACAUCGGACACGUUUACAGUAGGUCAGAGGGUUGUUGUGGUGUGCUCAUCACCGACAAGGAGUAUCCAGUGAGACCAGCUUACACUUUGCUCAAUAAGAUUCUGGACGAGUAUCUCGUCGCACAUCCACCCGUGGAAUGGAAAGACAUAAGUGCUGCAAACGACCGCUUGAUGCUCAAAGAGUUGGACAUAUAUAUCGCCAAGUACCAAGAUCCUUCUCAAGCGGACUCCAUCAUGCGCGUACAACAAGAGCUUGAUGAAACCAAAAUCGUAUUGCACAAGACCAUCGAGUCCGUACUUCAAAGAGGCGAAAAACUGGAUAAUCUGGUCGACAAGUCCGAAAGUUUGUCAGCCAGUUCCCGUAUGUUCUACAAGCAAGCCAAGAAGACCAAUUCAUGCUGUGUAAUUAUGUAA